CACGCUUAAAAAUUAAAAUGGUAUCGGAGCAUUCAGUCGUAACGCACACACAUUAGAAGUUUUUAUUCACAAUGCGAUACUGCGUGAUAUUGUGUAUUUUUCCUAUUAAUUUUCUGAUUAUUUUAAGUGUUGCAGCCGGAAAAUGCUUGGUGCCGGACGAAUUGAUACCAGAAUUGUACUCCAAGUACAGGGAAGCCGUGAGCAGUGGUGGGUUACGGUCAUACCGAAGAUUGCUUAAAGAGAACAGAGAAUAUAAAAUACAUGUCAAGAAGCUUAAAGAAGUUAAUGGUUAUAAAAGACAUAACCUGAGAAUCAAGGAAAUAGCUAGAGAUGGGUCGCCAUUGAGUACAUUCUACAUCAACAAUCCACUGGAAUCUAAAAUGCCCAACUCUUUUCUAACAUUCAGCGAGUUUAAAGAUGCCUUGACAAAUAGAGCUAAUCAGAAACGUAUGAGUAAGAAAAAAAUUACACUUAAAGGUACACUUAAAGGUAAAAUAUCAAAAAAAAAUAAAAAUAAAGAUAAAAAUCCUUUAAGAUCACCAGAAAAAUUAAAAGCUAAAUCAAAACGGCGAGCUGUGAAAUCGAAGGACAUUAAAAAUAUGAAAUUGAUAAAACAUUCUAGGGGAAAGCUGUAUUUGAGAAAUAAGAAAUUUAAUUAUACGAAUGGAUAUGAACACGUUACAUAUUUUCCACAUGUUGAGAGUACCAAAUUUAAGAAAACUGUCGACGUUACAAAACGUACUUCAAGUAGGAUUUUGGCAGAAAAGAAUUCCAAAAAUAAUAUAGUAAAACUCCCAAAUAUUCCACUGGUUGGAAAAAAAGUUCAUAGUAGUAACGUGACCACUGCUAACGCUACUGAAAAAAAUGUUGAUGCACCGACGGCUUCAUCAAGUGCAUCAGAGGUUAACUUAAGAAAUAAUGAUGUACCUAUAACCACUCCUGCCACAGAAACUCCUGCAAGUGGGACAGAUACUACUGUUAGAGAGACGGAUACUACUUUAAGUGAGACACAAACUACUGCAAAUGACACAGAAACUGCUGCAACUGAGACAGAAACAACUGUGAGUGAGACAAUAACUACUGUAAGUGAGACAGAAACUGGUGCAAUUGAGACAGAAACGACUGUGAGUGAGACAGAAACUACUACAAGUGAAACAGAAACAACGACCGCUGCUGCAGAUACAGAAACGAACGUACCAUUGACAGAUCCACCUUCUACCAAGCGAUCCACUUUAGCGAGGCCUUUGGUUUUCAUGGGAGGAAACAAGUAGAUUGGUAGAUAAAAUGUUUUUUUGGAAACAUUUCAAACUCUUGUACAGUUUUUGUCUAACUAGGCAGAUUAAUUAGGGGUUUUUGCAAAAAUACGAUUUUUUUUAUAUUUCACUCACACUUCGAAUUAAUAUUCUUAUAUAUAGGGAGAAUACUACUGGUUUGAAUAAAUGUGUGUCGGUAAUACUCAUAAUUAUUUGAACACAAUUUUUGUAAUAUGGAUUAAUUAAAUCGGGUUUAAUGUUAAAACUUCUCAAAUACAAGAUUCAAAUUCAAA